AGGUAUGGCAGAAGUUCAGGAAAGGCAGUUUUUUGAAAUAGAAGGACCAAGACCAGAUGUAUCAUACCCAAUGAAAGUCACAUACUGUGGAGAAUGUACCAUGCCUUUGGAGUAUUGUGAAUAUUACCCAAAUUAUGAAAAAUGCAAAGCAUGGCUAGAGAAAAAUUUACCAGAUGAAUUCAGCAAGUUGAUGAGUGAUAAACCAGCAGAUGAAGGAGAUGGUGAUACAGAUAAAAAACGACAGAAGCGGGGUGGUAAAGGACAGAUCAAAACAAAAAAAAAGUCAGAACCUAAAGGCAUCAGGCUGGGUACAGCAAAAAGAGGCAAGAAGAAGCACAUCACAGUGGUUAUAGGACUGGGAACGUAUGAUAUUGAUCUGAAGGAAGCCAGCAAAGUGUUCUCAUCAAAGUUCUCUUGUGGAUCCUCGGUAACGGGGGACGAUGAGAUUGUCAUUCAGGGGGACGUCUCAGAUGAUCUGUUUGAGUUCUUACCAGAAAAGUGGCCACAGAUUGAUGAAGAUGAUAUAGAUGAUGUUGGAGAAAUGAAGAAGUAGGAGUUAAUAAUGUAUAAUUUAGUACAGUUGUUAUUUUACAUUUAUAUUAAAACAAAGCUUUUGUGCAA